AUGUUAUUCUUUCUUUCAUCGUUUAUUCAACUCAAAAUUCUAAACCGGUUAUUGCCAAACACCGGAACCGUUCGUUUAAACUCGCUUUUGUUUGCUUGUGAUCUGAACAAGAUUAUGCUACCGAACGUUUCUUUUACUCUAAUCACACUGAUUAGCAGUGCCUCAACACUUUUAGUCACGUUUACUCUGUCUCUAAUUAUAUUCAUUUACAUUCGAAACAGUCGAGAUAUUGGUUUUCUUCUAAUGUUAAAUACCUAUGUAGCAAUGUUUGCGUUUUCUUUUAUCAUAUUUUUCGUUCAUAUUCAUGUGCUUGGAGCAGACCUAUACGGCUUCGUUGGCUUCAAUAAUACAGAUGAAUUAAAUACAUGCCGUUUUCAAGGCUUUCUUAUUUACACGACUUUUGGUUGCUGUUGUAAUAGUUUUGUUCUUCAAGCAUUCUAUCGGUAUACAAGGAUAGUUUACAGCAAGAAAAGGAUUUUUCAGUCAUUUACUUUUUAUAUUGUAUGUAUAUUAUUUCAAUGGAUGAUGGGCUUUCUUUUUCUUUUGCCACCAUAUCUAUGGCCUGGUAUAAUUUAUACAUUGUAUACACUCGACUAUUACUGUGGUAUACUCUACGAACAGGCUGCUGCUAUGUGGUACACAGGAAUACUUAUUCAUAAUUUUUCGGUGAUUUUGAUAAGUAUAAUCUAUAUGAGAUUGAUGCGUUUUAUUCGUCGUCAAACGUCAAAUUUACAUCAAACCGGACGAAUGCGAACAGUGCAGCGUGAUUCUGCUGUUAUACGUCGUAUCUUGUUUAUUGUCAAUACACUGACUUUGCCUGCUAUGCCCAAUGUUAUUUUCACUAUUAUGGUAAAUAUCGAUCCAAGUAAAUCGGGCUUGUAUAAUAUGUAUCGCAUUCAAUGGAUGUUUCCAGCUAUCGGUAUAUUCAUCUUUAGCAUUGCAUUAGUAUUUCUAACACCACAAUUUAAGGUUCUCAUUUUUGAUACGAUUCACUACCAAAAUAAUCGAGUAAUACCGAUGGAACAGAGACGAACUGAACGUCAGCUACAAACUCAAUUUUAG